AGUCUAUGCUGCUGACGUUGGUGCUGUCCACAGUGACGAUGGCGUCCACAGAGCUGUCCCUGUUGGACCUAACAGAUAAGGAAACCAGAGAGAAACUGUCGUUAUGGGAUCGCCGCACCGACGCCACGGCUCCCCUCACGGAGAAACAGAUGGACUCUGUCCUGGAGAUCCGAACUGCAUCUGAAACGCUGUCUGUGCCCUCAGAGUUGCCCAUUGAGGACCUUUGCAGCCUGUCGUCUCGGUCCUUGCAGUCCCCGUUCACAGCCACUGUGCCCGCUUCAACAGAGGAUGUCCUGCUCAAAGGUUUCCAGAUGCUAGACAUGGAAAAUGACAGAAUAGAAACUGCACAGCAGUUUUUUGCCUGGUUUGCCAAGUUACAGGCAAACAUGGACCAGGAUGAAAAUGCAAAAUACAGAAACACCAGAGAUGAUCUUUACUGCUACCAGGAGCAAUGCGAUGCCAUUCUGAAGGAUGUCAGUGCAGCCCUUGAGCACUUGGACUCCCUCCAGAAACAGUAUCUGUUUGUGUCAAAUAAAACCGGAGCCCUGCACGAGGCCUGUGAGCAGCUCUUGAAAGAACAGUCAGAGCUUGUUGACCUGGCUGAGAGCAUACAGCAGAAACUGUCAUAUUUUAACGAGUUGGAAAACAUAAACACGAAACUGAACUCACCAACCUUGUCUGUAAAUAGUGAAGGCUUUAUACCAAUGCUGUCCAAACUGGAUGACUGCAUUGAAUAUGUUUCUUCACAUCCCAAUUUCAAGGACUAUCCGGUUUAUUUGACCAAGUUUAAACAAUGCCUCUCUAAAGCUAUGCACUUCAUGAAGAUCCAUAUUGUAAACACUAUGCAGAAUCUCACCAGCCAGUUAACAAAAAGGGAUCCAAUGGGUUUGACUAACGCAGACAACGCCUUUACACUUUACUAUGUUAAGUUUAGAGCAGCUGCACCUAAAGUUAGAUCGCUGAUUGAACAGAUUGAACAGCGAGCGGUGAAGAUUCCAGAAUACCAUCAGCUCUUAGAUGAAGUCCAUCAGUGCUACCUUGACCAGCGAGAGCAACUCCUCAGUCCCUGCAUUACAUCCACCAUUACUGACCUGACCAACCAAAACAGCAAAGACCACUGCGCCCUGGUUCGCAGUGGUUGUGCCUUCAUGGUUCACGUGUGUCAGGAUGAACACCAGUUGUACAACGAGUUCUUCUCCAAACCUACAACUAAACUAGACGAGCUGCUAGAGAAGUUGUGUCUGUCACUGUAUGAUGUCCUCCGGCCUCUGAUCAUCCACAUCAUCCACCUGGAGACCCUGUCCGAGCUCUGCAGCAUCCUCAAGAAUGAGAUGCUGGAGGACCAUGUUCAAAACAACGCUGCACAGCUGGGGGCCUUUGAUGUAUUAGUGAAGCAGAUGCUGGAGGAUGUUCAGGAGAGGCUGGUCUACAGGACUCACAUAUACAUCCAGACUGAUAUCAUAGGUUACAACCCAGCUCCGGGAGAUCUGGCCUACCCUGAAAAACUGGAGAUGAUGGAGAAAAUCGCUCAGAGCUUGAAGGAAGAGCAGAUGAAGCAGGCGUCACAAGGCUCCGUGUUUUCUGAUGUAGAGCUUGAGGAUCCAGACGGUAGAAGAAACAGUAAUGCCGGCGGCUUGGAAGCGUCUCGUCUGCAAACGUCUGUGUCUCCUGCCGAUCUGCACGGCAUGUGGUACCCCACUGUCAGGCGAACACUUGUUUGUCUGUCCAAGCUCUACAGGUGCAUAGAUAGAGCGGUCUUCCAGGGUUUAUCUCAAGAAGCCUUAUCUGCCUGCAUCCAGUCGUUGCUUAAAGCGUCUGAUAUCAUCCUUAAAAACAAGACGCAAAUAGAUGGGCAACUUUUCCUGAUCAAGCACCUGCUGAUAAUGCGUGAACAGAUUGCCCCAUUUCACACUGAUUUUGCCAUCAAGGAAAUCUCACUGGACCUGAAAAAAACACGAGAUGCUGCCUUCAAAAUCCUCAACCCUAAGGCUGUCCCCAAAUUCUUCAGAUUUAACAGUCACAACGCCAUACUUGAAUUCCUGUUGGAGGGAACGCCGGAGAUAAAGGAGCACUACAUUGACUCAAAGAAGGAUGUGGACCGGCACCUGAAGUUCAGCUGUGAACAGUUUAUCCAGCAGCAGACUCAGAUCUUUGUGGGGAACCUUGAGGAGUUUCUCACCAAGGUUGCAGCUCUUAAAACGAUGGCUAUCCAAGGUGGUCCGACAUACAGUCUGUCUCAACAACCUUGGGCCCAGCCAGCAAAGAUCAACGAUAUAGUGAUGGCUACCUACCGGGUGAUGAAGAGCAAGCUGCCAGGCACUUUACAGAGCAUGUCCUUGUACCUAGCCAACAGAGACACAGAGUUCAUCCUUUUCAAGCCUGUCCGGAAUAACAUCCAGCAGAUAUUCCAAAGACUGCACGCCUUGCUUCAGGAGGAGUACAGCGGAGAAGACCUUCAAAUCAUCGCGUGUCCGUCUAUGGAGCAGAUUAACCUGCUGCUGUCUGUGAAUAAGUAAUGUUUCGCUUCUGGGGAACGCCCUCGGGAUAGAAGUGCGAUGCUGCAACUCCAGCCGUGACCAGGAGCCGUGACGUUGAGUAAGCAAGAUGACCAGACUAAGAGAACGCACCUGAGCUACAUGCUGGACCAGGAACUCUGAACUGAAGGCAAAAUAAAAAAUCCUGCACGAGGCCAAAGAUUUUUCAACGGAGGCUCAAGUGGCUACAAGUAUGAAGAAGUUCAGCUGUUCAGUGAAUGAAGUCUAUAACAGAAAUGGGAGAUGGAGAGUAACUUCUUCGGGGGGUACUGAUUUGAUCAUUUUGUUUGACUAAAUUUUAAGCGGUGGUAUGGUGAGGGUUGCUCUCGUGUAGGAGAAUUCCAUUUUUUUUGACAAGGGUGGAUUUGUGGUCACAGUUGGCAUCUCUAUUAAUACCAACAGUUUCUUUUCUUUCUUUUUUUUUUGCGAGUAAAAGGAAUUUGUGGCUUGGGGGUGGUGGGGCUCAGACAAGCACACUUCAGGUGCACGAAAAGAGGCACUAAAUGGUUGUUCCUCAUCAGCCAGGUAGCUAAUGGGCAGUAAAAGUACUUGCAUUGCCUAGAUUCCCCUGAUUGGUUUGGAAGGGUGACGAGAGAAAAAAUGCUGCAAAAUGUUUUAUUCCUCGAUUUUAAAAUGUCUUUGUAACGCGCUCAUUAAAGCCCAAUAAUGACUUGUGCUAAGGGUGUCUCAGGUCCCACAGGCUUUCCCUUCUAAUCAUAAAAAAUCCACACAGAUGUUUUGUUUUUUUUCUCCAAAAUCCAUCCUCUUUGCUAAUGUUUUUCCGUUGCAAAUGUGUAUAAAGAAGAGAUUAUGUUUUAUACUUUUUUUCUUUUAUAACUAGGUUGAUUGAAACAAACAUAUUCUGGCAAAAAUAUUAGACCAUUGCAGGGGUGGGGGGGUUUGGGG